AGUCUGGUAGAAGCCAGGAGAUUGCCCCGUCCUCAAACUUCAUAAUAAAUCCAGACUGUGUCGUGCUGGCGCCCGCCUGGCUCGUCUUCCUCGGCUGUCUGAUGGGAAUUGGCGUGCGGACAGGUCAUUCCCUUCACCUUCGUCUGGCUCCGCCUAUUUGGCGCCUUCUCUGCUCCCGACGUUCUGGCAUCCCCAAGAUGACGAAGGAGGAAUUGGAGAGGGCUGAACUACCCUUCACCUGUCUUUCGGCCAACCGCUGCCACACUGUUGACCUUAUUCAGUUCGUUCGGGAACUGGCCUUCUGUUCGCAACCCUGCGUUGAAACCGACUGUCUGAGCCUGUUGCUCUCCAAGUCAACCAACUUAUCCUCCUCCACCACGCCGUCCCCGCCGCCAUCAUCCAAUCCGGAAGUGCUGUGGUCCUCGGUUCAGGCUUCUGCUCGAGUUGCACUUUCUGCCUUUAAUUCUGUCUCCGUCGUCUCUACUGAGUUGGCGGAACCGCCUAUCUCUAAUGCCAGUGCGACCUGUCCAGGUGCACGUCUUUUUGUGACGCCCAACACCCGACCAGCAUACCUCACGGCGGUCAUCCUUUUCCGUCGCCAGGAGUUUGAACGUGCGAUCAGACUGGUAUUUUUUGGAUUGACUUUUUUGCUGACCAUUAUUGUUAUGAAUGCUGCCAAAAGCAGAGGUAUCACCGUCUAUUUACGCCAAGGAAGAAAACAACAAUAA